GGAUGGUCACUUGAACAGCAGCACACGAACGGACAGUACCAAUGCCAAAACAGGCCAAGGUAAGGCCAGAAGUCAUGCGUGAGGGAAUCCUACCAGAUUAAGAAAACGGAUUAAAUCUGUGCUGAACUGUGCUGCAUGAGCUGUUACGGAGUGGCUCAUUUUUGGUAUUGAAGGGAGUCCUACGGAAGGGAAACGGAAGUAUUCUGUACUGAAUUGUGCUGCCUGAGCUGUUACGGAGUGGCUUAUUUUUGUCAAUUUCCAGGCAUGGGGAAAACUAAAUCAUCGAAAUUUCAGAGGCUGCGUGGAGAACAAGAGGAACAAGAUGCGUUUUUGCCCGAGGAACCCGCAGUUCCCGCGGAUGUGCAAAAGUGCUGCAAGGAGAAGAUACGAAACCUCGCUGCAUUUUGGCUGUUCGAGGCGUGCAGUUCCUACAUGUACGUCGUCAUGCUGAGUGCUGCGUAUGACAUUCUAGGAGGCCAAUACGAGAUUGGAAAUGCAACGUCCCAGGAGAACGAUACAUCAAGGGGGAGAUUCGACUGCAAUCCUCUUUCAACAGGGGCGGUUCUUCUGGCAAAUGUUCUACCGGAUAUGUUUGUUACGCUGUCAGCACCGUGGUAUCUUCAUCAUAUUUCCUAUGAUAUUAAGGUCUUCUCUACUGUGACGUCAGCCGUACUGAGCUGCCUGAUUGUGUCCCUGUCUCCAAUUCGAGCACUAACUAUAUUUGGCGUUGUCUGUGCAGGCAUAUCCGGUGGCCUCGGAGAAUUCACCUGCGUCAGUCUCUUGUCCUUUUACGACAAGAGUGUGGUGUCCGUCUGGUCAUCCGGUACCGGUGGCGCUGGUAUAGUGGCUUCUAUUGCCUAUGCCGGACUGAUCGAAGUUGGUAUGACACCGAGGAACGCGCUACUUGUGCAGGUCAUUGUGCCAUUGGGCAUAGUGGUCGGUUACUGGUGCGUUUUGGUCAGAGUCCCGACAUCGAAACUCAUCCAAAACGACGUUCAGGAGGACGAUGAUCCAGACCGCCUUGAGGAGUACGAUCCAUUCCAAGGCAAAUGCGAAGACGCUGAAGAGCGCCAUCUAACGUUUGAAGAACGAGCCAAGUACUUUCAGUACCUAUUGAAGUACAUCAUUCCUCUGUGGCUUGUGUACUUCGGCUCAUACUUCAUUAACCAUGGCUUGCUGGAGUUGAUCUUUGUGCGAGGAAUUUGGUUGUCACACGAGAGUCAGUACAGAUGGUUUCAAGUGCUGUACCAAGUUGGUGUGUUCAUAUCACGGUCUUCUAUCAACCUGUUUACUUGUCGCAUACUGUGGAUAUUUCCUAUUCUUCAGUGGGCUGUGCUGGUGUUGAUUCUAUCUGGUGUGUACUUCGAAUGGACGCCGAGUAUUUUUCUCAUCUUCGGCAUCAUCUUCUUCGAGGGAAUCGUCAGUGGCGCGUCCUACGUCAACACCUUUUACCUCAUCUCGCAAAAUGAGGAUCCGAAGUAUAAAGAAUUUGCUAUGGGAGCGACAACAGCUUCCGAGUCAUGCGGCAUUGCUAUCGCCGGUAUGAUCGCUAUUCCAGUACAUGAUGCUAUCUGUAGGAUUUAACGGGAAGGGCAGUGUUCAUUUGUUUCUCUCAAUGUUUAACAUGCUUGUGUUGCAAGUCAUGACUAACAUCUAGGCAAAAUUUAUCAUGUGACAUAGGUGUAAUUGUUUUCUAUUUAGUAGUUAGGCCGAUUUUCUGGAGACGGUGACAUCACUUUGGAUGGGUUUUGUCCGUGUUACUCUAAAUUAUAUUGAUGUCGAUAAUCUGCGUGUUUUCUCUUAAUAUUUGACAGGCUUGUGUUGCCAGUCAUGCUCAACUUCAAGGCAAAAUUCCAAUCUACCUAAAAUAAAUAGUUUUUGAGUUGUCGAGUGACACAGGUGUGAUUGUUUAUGUGUUUAAUAGUUAGGCCGAUUUUCUGUAUAUAGACCGUGACUUCACUUUGGAUGGGUUUUGUUCGUGUUACUAAAAAUUAUAUUGACGCCGAUAAUCUCUAUUUUUCCUCCAUAUUUAACAUAUAUAUCUAAAUUAUGUGAACACGAAGAAUGUAGACAUUUCUCGUGACAUCGGGAAAUUAUAUAUCUAUACAUUCGCUGAUUACAGGAGGGGCAAAAAAACCGUGAAAACCCUUUUGGGAGAAAAACGGGAAAUUCCCAUCCGGCUCAUUAUUAUUAUUAGUGUUUAGCCAAGUUUGUUUACUCGAUCCGUAAGUCAGCACAGCUAUAUACUUGUAUUAUCAGUGAAGGCAGCGACCAUUAAUGCAGAAAUAUUACUGACUGAAUGUUUUAUGGAGUUCAGAUUUGAAUGAGAUAGGAGAAGUCAUGGUUCUCAACUGCACAUAUCAUGCAAAUUAUUCAAUAUGAUUGUACCAGUUACAGCAAAGCUUGAGGCAUAACCUUUUUUUUCGCAAAAGGAAUCUUCAGUGUCAUGUCAGUGGAUUGUCUCGUUUCACGAAUCUGAAUAAGUAGUGUAAACAGAUUUGUCAUAUACAAAGGAGUUCAUUUUGUUUAUGCAUGA